AUGUCUGGCUCGAAAGAUCAACGGGUGUCACGAUGGCAAACCCUGUGUUUAAUACUCGUCUACGUUGCGGAUUGUGUUUGUGGAGACAUCCGUUAUUCGAUUCCCGAAGAAUUAGACCGUGGGGCCUUUGUGGGAAAUAUCGCGAAAGAUUUGGGAUUGAACGUGAAAGGGCUGAUCGCUCGCAGGUUCCGGAUUGUCGCCGACCACGGGAAGCAAUACCUGGAUGUGAAUGUAGAAAAGGGGACGUUGUUCGUGAGUGAGAAAAUAGACCGGGAGCGGCUCUGUGAACAAAGCCUCGCAAAGUGUGUGUUGAAGAUGGAGGCCGUGGUUGAAAAUCCCCUCAAUCUAUACCGUGUUGAGGUUGAGAUUGUGGACGUGAAUGACAACUCGCCGGCAUUUCAAGGCAGCGAGUUUCGGUUAGAAAUCUCGGAAACGGCUUCACCGGGAGCUCGCUUUAGGCUCCAGAAAGCGCACGACCCGGACUCAGGGACCAACCGAGUCCGCGCCUAUCAACUUAGCGACAAUGAGCACUUCUAUUUGGAGCUACAGACUGAUAGCGAACAGAGUGUCAUCCCGGAGUUAGUCCUUCAACAGCCGUUGGACAGAGAGGAACAGCAGAUUCAUCAAUUGACGCUCACUGCAGUUGAUGGAGGGAUCCCAGAAAGAUCCGGGAGCACCCGAAUCGUUAUCAGCGUCUUUGAUGUCAACGACAACGCGCCUGUUUUCGAUCGGAGCGUCUAUCAGGUCACCACAGCAGAAAACGUGCCGAAAGGCUAUUUAAUAGUGAAAGUGAAUGCAAGAGACGUGGAUGAAGGCCCAAACGGUCAGGUAAUCUAUUCCUUUGGCGAUUACACGGCCGAUAGAGUGCGUAAACUGUUCAAUUUGGACUCUCAAACCGGAGCGAUCACUGUAACUGGCGCAAUAGACUUUGAACAAGCCGAGGAUUACGACAUUUCAGUGCAAGCUAAAGACAUGGGUCUAUUUUCGGAGCCAGUGUACAGUAAAGUUCUGGUAAAGAUCACUGAUGUUAAUGAUAACACUCCCGGAGAUAUUGCUAAACUCGCUUUCCGAUCCUAUCCAAGAGGACGCGCCUAUAGGAACUGUAGUCGCUCUUUUGAAAUGGUUAUCAAUGGUCCCCUUGAUCGGGAAAAGGUGGCCGACUACAAUGUCACCAUAAUAUGCAGGGAUGGCGGAUUCCCUCCUCUGUCCGCCAACCAAACCAUCGGGGUUCAGGUUUCCGAUACAAACGAUAACGCGCCACGCUUUACGCAGCCAGUGUUUACCAUGUACGUGAUGGAAAACAACGCCGUCGAUACAUCCAUUGGCUCGGUAUCCGCUUGCGACCCAGAUUUCAGUGAGAAUGGCAAGCUGUCGUACUCUAUUCUGGACAGCACCACCCAGGGAAUACCUGCGUCCUCACUCGUCCUCCUCCAUCCAGACAGUGGAAUCAUGUCAGCGCAACGCUCCUUUGACUAUGAGCGCCUCAAGAAUUUUCCCGUCAACAUACAAGUCAGAGAUGGCGGAUCCCCUCCUCUCAGCAGUAACGCCACCGUGAAUGUGAUCAUCAGAGAUCAGAAUGAUAAUAUCCCGGUCAUCGUAUCACCUCCCUCAAGCCAACAAUUUCCAGCAGAGGAGUCGAUGCCUUGGGCCUCUGAUCCAGGUUAUCUGGUAACUAAAGUUACAGCUACAGAUGCAGAUUCCGGGGGAAACGCCCAACUCACAUACCGCCUUCUUCAUCCAACCGAUACAAGUCUCUUUACUGUGGCUCCACAAACGGGAGAAAUCUGGUCCAUCCGAAACUUUGGCAAUAAAGAUUCUCUCCAGCAGAAGCUUGUGGUCCUGGUCAGGGACAACGGAAAGCCACCCUUAUCAUCUACAGUCACCAUCAACGUGGCAGUGCUAAAUGGGGGAACAGAACAUCUAUCCGAUACCACCGUGUUGGGAAACUCGGACCUGUGGACCACUAAUUUAAGAUUGUAUUUAAUCAUAUCUUUUGGCACAAUCUCACUUAUUUUUCUCGUGGUUAUAAUUAUCCUCGCCAUUAAGGUGCAUAGGGGUAGGAAUGGUACUGGGGAUUACAGGAGUUCUUUUGGCACGGUAUUCUGCUGUGCGCAAAGAAAUUCGCCGCAUGGAAUUCAAAAGGCGAGUAUCAAUCUGCAAAUGCCACCAAAUUACCCGGAGGUGUACGAAAGCGAAGCUUUCGCUCAAACAUUACGUCACAGUGUGUGUCCAACCUCAGACUUGCCCAUGAAUGAUUUAAUGUUUCUAAAGCUGUACGGGUCUGCUGCCCCUAUGAUUAAUGUCAAGACCGGAACUUGUAUGACGGGAGACACUGGGAAGGCAUCAAAUUCUGCAGCCACUGAAUUCCGUGAGGUGAGACCAGAGAUAUAA